CCGAAAUUUGUGACAAACAUAUAAUUAUUUAUGUUGUGUAUUUUAAAUAAAAUAUCGUCGUUAAAAAAAAAUAAAGUUUAUAAAAUCCAGAAAACCCUGCUCAUCGAUUCAUUUCAGUAUUAAGCAUGGUGAGUCGAUUCCGAGAGAGGCAGUACCAGUUGGCAGCCCAGAGACACAACCAGGAGUUCCUCAAGUACGAUCAUUACCAACAAAUCGCUAAAUACUACGAGCAACAAUGUAGAAUCGCGAAGCAAUACGAUUCGUGGAAUUCCAGGGGUAUAGAUCCCAAGGGAGAGCUUGCGAAGGCUAAGAAAGCUGAAAGAUUGCUGGUCAGAAGGAACAAGCUACGAAAUCUGUUGAAGGAAGAAGAUGAAUCAUACAGAAACGAAUUGGAGGAACAGAAAAGAUUGAAGAAUCGUAGAGAAGUGCCUUCGUUGGAGCAGUUGAAACGAAAAUUAAAGGAGAAACGAGCAGAAGAGAGUCUUUAUUUCCCUAGAACCUGUCGAAGAUACCAAUCGUACUUCGUCUGUCCUAAAGAAUCUAACAGUUCCGGUUCGAGCACCCUCAGGGAUACCAAUCUUCAAUAUUCACGUGUUUGUAGAGAUUCUACAAAUCUAAUUCAUCAGAACGGACAAAAUUCUCGCUGUAGUAGUUCUGGUAUGAGCAAAGGGAGCAACAGGAAAUCGCAGGAACAGGAAAAUUUAGAUACGCGAAAGGAAGUUCACCGACGUGCAUCGCUUCAGUUCUCCAACGAAGUCGUCAGGCCUAACACAAGGUAUUCCGCUCGUUACGCGCGCAGGAGUUUGGAAAACACCAACGUCAGAAGUGACGAUUCGACUGAUUACGGGUCAAACAGGGUAUCGAACAGAUCUUCCUUUGGAGCACCUAGUGAAACGUAUUUGUCACUAAACAGCAGCGGGACUCUUCUUCGCAAGAACGAUAAAGAGAACGCUUUAUUAAGUCCUCAGGAAGUUCGAGUGAUCAAGAAUCGUUCCUACAGCAGGAUGGGUGAUACUGAAAUCAAUACCAAGGACCUCGCUCAUCAGAAAGAGAGUCCUCAUAGAAGGUCCCAAGACAACGAUAACACUGAGCUGAAUCAAAGCAUGGAGGAUCAAACGGAGACUCCAAUUGAAGAUCCGCAUCAAAAACGGGACCUACAAGACAAAUACAGCUCCGAAGAGGAUCAUGUCGUGGAAGAUGUGAAAACAACGGACAAUCGGCAGUUCGAAGUGGAGAAAAGCAUGCCUUGGCUACGAAUGGAUCCUACAGACAAGAAUCUCUCCAAGCAAAUGUUUCUGUAUUUGACUCAUAAAGAGUUGAAGACCAAAAUUGAGGAUCUAAUUGUGAGAGAAUCGCAUGCUUGCAAGAAACAAUGUUGGGACGAGGCGCUUAGACUGAGGGAUAUGAGAAACAGAUUGGAAUUGCAUCGCGAGAAAAAGCUGUACAGCAUUGAUAAUAUUGUUUUCGACGAGGAGACGAAGAAACUAGCACUGAUGAGCAUUGAUAAAAGAGAGAACGAACUUGCUGAACGCGAGGAUGCUUGUACGGAUUCAACGAUGUACAGCGAGGAUGCCAAAGCACUGUGGAAGAAAUGGGUGCACGAAGAUGAAAGAUUCGUGAUCGAAGAUGCACGAGUGCAGAGGGAGAAGUUGAUGAACGUUUUGGAGAAAGAAUGGCAGGGUCUCGCUAUCCGUGACAAGGAACGAAUUACUCGAUCACAUCAGACUGUGAUACACGACGCUGUUGUCCAAGAAGAACAUAAACUCAUGACUUCUCUCAACGCGGCUAAAGCAAAAUCUUCGCCUACAUCCUUGAAAUAAAUCCAGGAUCGAUAUUUCGUUAAUUUGCAGGCCUGAUUAUAUUGUGCCAAGCUUAACAAUAGUUUGCGUUUGAAUUUUUUGUAUUGCGUCGUUUUUCGUUGCCAAUAUUCUAUGCUGUGUUAGGUGUGUUGCAAGUAAAUUAUUAAUAUGUUUGGGUCGUUCAAAGGUAUUGUUUUAUAACUUGAAAUGUAUUGCAUUUAGCGCAUAUUAUUGAACGCUAGUGAAGACUCAUCAUAGUCUAUAAUUAUAUCGGUACUACAAUUUAAUGAAUAGGUGAUAUCGAAGCCGUUCCAGAUUAAUAAUUAAUCAACUCUAUAUUGUACUAAUGUUUGAGACGCUUAAACAUGCAAUUUAAAUACUACUCGAAUCUUGUUCACUCUUGUAAAAAUUAUACUCGAACGAUGAAAGUAA